UUUCUGAGGUUCUAAGAUCACUUCCAACUGUGACAUUCCGACAUUCCAUGUUCUAACUGUAGGAGCCAGCAAGGUAACACAGACUGAGCAGACAGAGAGAAAUCGAGUGAAGAAAGUUAUUUCUAGUGCUUAUUUCUCCUGGAAAAUUUUGACGCCUUUUUCGGAAGUGAUGGAUAAUCAAGAAACAUCAAGCAUCUUCCACCGGUUUUGGCAGAGGAGCCGCAGUGAGUGCGAAGAUGCUUCUCAAACUGGGAGCCAGUGUAGACAGGAGAACCCUGUUGGUUUCACCAGUGAGUCCAGGAUCUUGGACAUAGAAAGGGCAAAGAGAGCUGAGAGGGCUGCGUUAAUGCAACACGCAGAAAGGCUGUGUGCUUCUGUAAAAGCCCGAAACGAUGCUGUUCUGGAGAGGCUGGGACUCUUCGCUAAGCACGCCACUCUGCCUUCAGCUCAACCACCAGCUUUUCCCAGAAGACAAGCUCCCUCCCUGCGAGGAAGGCGGUUGAGCCCUCUUUCAGAUGCAUCUCAUUUCAGUGUGGAGUGCAUAAACAAAAACCAACAGAGCUCUGAGAGUUCGGAUGAGGAAGAGGAUGACAGUUCCUCUUGUGACCUGAUGCUACUUAGCAGCGAGCAGGCUCAGGUGGGAGACAGAGAGAGCCCAGCUGCUUCUAUCAGGUCUUGGUCCAGCCUCAGCUCUGUGGAUACUCACACACCCAGUGACCUGAGGGCCAUUCCUCUGAUUGCAAGCUCUGUUCAGGUUGCAACCUUCACACCAGCUCCUCCUCAAGCGGUGCUACGCUCUAGGAGCAAAGUGUCCCGGCUGCCUCUGUUAUCAACCAGACUGAAUGGAGCAGUCAAGGAGGUUGCAGAUGGAUGUAGGCGCCAGUCUGGAAAAGAUAAGGUUGAGGUUAGUGCGGAGGGACCUAAGCGCAUCCAGCUCAACACUGUUCCUUCUCCUCAACCGCCAGCUGCUGCCAAGAGGACGCCUGUGGAGACGCUUCUGGCCCCAAGCCCUCCAACAGCUCCUCAAACAAAAAGAAAAGGGUCUCGACCCGGAAUGAUCCUGCGUCCCGCAAAGGUCAUCAGUAAAGCAGUAGAAGCCAGAGAUUGCUGCUUCCAGCCUGCUAAAGACAAAAAGGUGGAUCUGCAGCCUUUGAACAAUCCUGUGGAGAGCCUGUCUCUUAGCUUCAAGCUGCUCUCCUCAGAUGACUGGAUGAAGAAAACAGAGGGCCUGAAAACCAUCCGAGCUCUAGCACAGCACCACUCAGACAUCUUGAAGACUCAACUUCAUCAAGUGUGCCUGGUGCUCAUUGAGGAGGUGAAAAACUUGCGCUCUGCAGUUGCUUGCGCAGCUGUCAGCACACUAGCUGAGCUGUACGUUCACCUCCAGACAGCCAUGGACCCGGAGGCAGAAGGAACAGGCCGAGCUCUGCUUCUGAAACUUGCCCAAACCACAAAUGAGUUUAUUCACCAGCAGGUCAAUCUUGCACUUGACGCCCUGGUGCAGAAUUGUAGCCAUGGUAGGACUGUGAGCGCUCUGCUGAACACAGGGCUGAGCCACCGUUGUGCUGCAAUAAGAGGAAGCACAGCACAACACCUGCACCUGCUGACUGACAAAUUUGGAGCAGCUCACAUGUUGAAGGCAGGAAGGAGCUUCACUGAACGCUUCCUGACUGCUGUCUCUAAAAUGUCUGUGGAUGCUGCACCAGAAGUGAGGCACCAUGGGCAAAUAAUCCUCCAUGAACUGGCUCGCCACAAGGACUUUUUGCACCUGUGGACAAAGAUCAUCCCAGAAAAUGAGAGAAGGCAGCUGGCCAAGAUAAUAAAGAAGGCCAAGUGAAGUGAAUGAGCUCCGCAAUACUGCAGUGUUGUUUCAAAAACACGUUGUCAUUGUAUGUGCUGUUUUUGCAAAUAAAUGUUUCAUAGACAAAUUCACUCUCUUUUCAAAAGCUGCUUGAAUUAACAUUUCUCCAUCUGACCAGGAUAAUUCAGGAAACACAACACUUUCUUUUCAUACUUAAGGGUCUUUUCAAAAUGAGAACGUGUCACGUUUUGAAUGGAAUAGAAACACUUUGUUUUUUUAGUGCAAGUUAGACGCACUUGGAUAAUAACUGAUGACUAAACAAACCUCAGUGAAGGA